AUGAGCUUUCCAGUAUCUGAAGUAAACGAGGCUGAUCCUGUAUGCUACUCGCGGACAGUGGACAGCAAAAAUGAGGGCACAGAUCAUACCAGUGUCGCAUCCGAUGAGAAGUAUGAUCUACCUCGAGCUCCUGGCUUACUGAAUGUCAAUGCUCUACAUGAUGCGAGUAGUGUUGACAUCGAAGGCACUGGUGAAACAACAGACUACAGAUCUAUGGAUCCCGGGAAGCCGCAAGUGGCAGAAGUGACCAGUGCUGGCGAAAUACUGCAAUCUACAUCUCUCAACGAUCCCAUACAGUUCACUAGAGUGUCAUCCUCCUCUGCACUAAGCUCGAGCUCUUAUGGGGCCAGCGAAGCCAGUGAGCGCUCUUAUGAGCCACAAUCAAAUGACAAAAGGCCAUCUCAGGCACAGCGUCAGUUCCACUCCCGAGAUCCCGUUGUACCAGAUCUUCAAGAGCAGUCGACGCUCGGGGACAAGACAAACUCUACGAUAAGAGCAUCGGGCCAGUUCAAUGCCGACAAUACAGCUCUCACAAAUGAAUCGAUGCUACUUUCAGGUGAAAAUGAAACUGAGAUGUCACCUGCCUUCUCCACGCAGAACAGUUCUACCGCUAACAUUGAUUACGAUGGAUACCUUAAAAGCAGUACACCGAAGAGUGACUGUGGUCCUGACAAUUUCAAGAAUGCGCCAUUUGAAUCCGCAGUCAACGGUCCACUACCGGAAAAGUCUACUAACGAUCGUACUGAAGAGGGCAGCGCAGAUUACAGCCAAAAUAAUCUCUCUCAAAAAAGUGAUAACACAGUCAACGAUACAGGACCUCGAAAAACGCCCGUGGUCCCUCAAGGAAAUUUUCAUCAGCUACCACAGGUUUCGCCAGAUGUAAAAAACGCAGUUCAUAAAUCGGCAUUUCAGGUGGUAGCUUCGCCUUUCAAUGGUCUGAAUAGGACUCCUCGUUCCGGUGAUACUACUCCAGAAAGUCCUAUUUCAAAUUCUCAAACUCCAUCGCCAAGCUUGGACGGCAAAAAGCGAAAGAGUGGGGGGAGUAGAAUGAAAGGCGUGUUUUCGUCACUCAUGCAAAACAUGAAAAGAACUUCACAAGGAGAGAAAAGGCAAUCUAAUUCUGCCAUCAAGAUCUCGACACCUUACAAUGCGAAGCAUGUCCAUCAUGUGGGCGUGGAUACUAAAACAGGUGAGUAUACCGGUUUACCCGAGGAGUGGGAGAGGCUUCUGACUUCGAGCGGUAUUUCGAAAAGGGAGCAACAACAACAUCCGCAGGCGGUCAUGGAUAUUGUCAAGUUUUAUCAAGAUGUUACAGAGGCAAACGGCGAAGACAAGGUGUUCAAAACUUUUCACGUUGGAGGUUCGGGAAAAAACCUAUCCAAUACUGAGUUGAAGUCGCCCUCUUCCCCAUCUCUUCAAAGGUUUGGGAGUAUGUCAUCGAAAGUUGCUUCGCAAACAGGUGUUGGCACGAAAGGCACUCCUCAAGAGCUUCAAUCACCUGUCAAUCUGAGGGAAGCGCCAAGGCUGCAAUCGUCGAGCAAUGAGCGAUAUAUGCCGAGUCGUCCAGCGCCAAGACCGCCUGGCACAACUGCAAAGAGUGAAAUCACCUCACCUCUGGCUAAAAACGGUUCUGCUGCAGCAUCGCCAAAAAUCAAGAGAACAGGAAGCUCUAGUUCCGCAAUAAAGGUUUUAUCUCGAAAUGGGACUAGAAAUAAAUCUGAUCAGAAUCAAAAUGCUCUACCCCAGCCGAAGAACUCUUUACCGCCGGCAAAAAUUUUGCCUGAUACGAAAAUUCCAGAUGCGCCGCUUAGGGCGGCUCCUCCUCCUCCGCCUCCUGUUCCAAAAGACAAUACAAAGGGCGAAUCAGUGCCAAGCGACAUGCAGAAAGCGCUCGAAUCGAAACGGGAGGACAGAAGAAAGAAAAUCCAACAGCUAUACGCCACUUUAACAGAAAUUUGCUCGGAGGGCGACCCCAGCAAGUUGUACAAGAAUUUGAUCAAAAUCGGACAAGGAGCCUCCGGAGGUGUCUACACAGCCUACGAAGUAUGCACAAACGCUUCGGUUGCCAUUAAGCAAAUGAGUCUUGAGAAGCAACCGAAGAAAGAACUAAUAAUCAAUGAAAUAUUAGUCAUGAAGGCCAGCAAACACGCUAAUAUCGUCAAUUAUAUUGACUCUUACUUGCUGAAGGGUGACCUCUGGGUUGUGAUGGAGUAUAUGGAGGGCGGUUCUCUGACGGAUGUAGUGACACAUUGUAUUCUGACGGAAGGUCAAAUUGGAGCGGUUUGCCGGGAGACCUUGGAAGGGUUGAGAUUUCUUCAUUCAAAGCGUGUGAUUCACCGGGAUAUCAAAUCGGAUAACGUCCUUCUGUCCAUGACAGGUGAGAUUAAGCUGACAGAUUUCGGAUUUUGCGCCCAGAUCAAUGAGACAAAUUUAAAGCGUACCACAAUGGUGGGCACGCCCUACUGGAUGGCCCCAGAAGUAGUAUCCAGAAAAGAAUAUGGUCCGAAAGUCGAUAUAUGGUCUCUGGGUAUCAUGAUAAUAGAGAUGAUCGAAGGUGAGCCGCCGUACUUGAAUGAGACGCCGCUGCGUGCACUUUAUUUGAUUGCUACCAACGGUACUCCUGAAUUGAAAGAUGCAGACACCUUGAGUGAGGACUUGAGGUUUUUCCUAAAUUGGUGUCUGCAUGUAAAUCCGGAAGAGAGAGCCUCGGCGUCACAAUUGCUUGAAGACCCCUUCAUUACUACAUAUUCAGAUGAUGUGAGGUCCCUCGCGCCUUUGGUGAAACUGGCUAGAAUGAAGAAGCUUGCAGAGAAGAUGGAAGACGGCGAGGAAAGUGGCGCAGAGAGCACUUGA